AAAAGAGAACAGCAGAAGCUACCGGUAAUCCCAGAACUGUCGCAGGGUGCGCUACCAUAUUUAACCUACGGUACCUACCUAAGCUUCGCCAUUGGCAUAUGAGCUAUUCUUCGCAAGGGCGCCCUCACGUCCAAGCAGCGGAAGGCCAAAGCUUUAUUUUUGGAGAGAGAUAGGAAAAUCUUGGGAGCCCAUUGUUAGCACUGUCAGGGAGAGCAACUCUUGCUGCUGUGCUGCUAGAAGCUUCAAUUGAGGGUUUGAGAGAUUAGUGAUGACGACAAAGGUUGGGGAGGAUUUUCAGGAGAGCACUUCGGGGGGUGGGCGGCUGUAUAAUCCAUACGCAGAUCUGCAUGGAGCUUUAGACGGCAAGAGUGUUGGUAAUCUUUACAGACUCCCUGAUGCACCAGAGUUUCUGUUCACAGAGGAAGCAGCGGUACAAAGGAGGUCAUGGAGCGACAACUUGACAUACUGGACGGGGGGUGGUUAUCUUGCUGGUGCCGUUGUUGGUGGUGGCAGGGGGCUGGUGGAAGGCGUGCGGGGAACAGAAGCUACCGACACAACGAAGCUGCGCCUCAACCGGAUACUCAACGCCUCUGGCCACCGAGGUCGGCAAGCGGGAAACAUGUUAGGCAUCCUGGGUUUGCUUUACGCCGGCAGCGAGAGUUUGAUAAACCACUACCGGGGAGAGGAUGAUAUGCUAAACCAGAUUGCGGCAGGGCUUGCAACGGGCACAUUGUAUAAGGCUGCGGCAGGCCCUCGAACGGCGGUGAUUGCGGGGGCGGUAGGGGGAGCGACAGCCGCUUUGAUGGCGGCUGCGAAGCAAGUGACAAAACGGUAUGGUUACAGUUUGCUGUGAGGAGUGUGCAAAUGAGGGAAGGGGUAAUGGGCUGGGGGAAUAAUCUAGGUACCCUGCUUGCAGGGCGAAGGUCGCCAUCAAGCAUGUAAAUGAAGCCGGAAGCGCUCUAAGUCGAGAUCAGGUCGCGUCAAGGGUUUGUAUGAGUCAAGCUGACUCACGAUUUAAUGUCAUUGUCCAAGAAUUGCAAUUGGAUGGCAACCACAGCGUGACUCAAAGCCCAGUGUUGGGUUGCUACAUCAAUCAAUACAAUAGUUGGCAAACACCUCAGUCGAUGCUUUGGCUUGCCUUAUUUGUAGGAGCAGCAAUUGAUCGAGGGGUUAAGAAGAAUGGUGUUUGGAAACAAUGGGGUAACAUUGAGUGAAGCUCCUUUCGAGUGCUUGCUUGGCGCAUCAUGG